AUCACUAAAGGGUGGUAAAGUUAAAGAAACGCGUGCCCAAAUUCUACCCCUAACAAUCAGUGGCUCCAACAUAAUUCUAUGAAGUCCCUAGAACACAACUCCAUCCGAUAUAACUGCUUGUAAGAUUGAGUAUCAUUUUAGAUAUAUUUCCUUACGAUGAAUUAUUUAUAAAGAUUACAGCAGAUAAACGAAUUAAUUUUAUGGAAUAUGCUUGAAGAACAGCCGGUGAUUAAAUAGUUGCGUUAUCAGCGUAUUCAAGGGAAUUUAGCACAUUACAACUUACAGCGCUCCAUUGAGCGAAGUGGCUUUGUCAGUAAUGGAGAAAGUGAACGUAAUGUGAAAAUUACAGAGUUUCUUGGUCGCUUCGUAGAUUUUUAGGCCGACUUAGGCACCAUGGAAGAAGUGUUUCAGAACGGGAAUUAUCAAAAAGAAGCGAAUGCAAACAUGACCACCACAGAAACGCAGAAAGAGGACUCAUUACUUGAUCACAUGGAGAUCUCUAUAACUGAAGCUGAGAAGCGAGCAAAUGGAGUAUUAAAUUUAAGAGAAUUUUAUACAGUCUACCUCAUUGAGACUAAAGCUAAAGGUGUAAUCACAGAAGUGUGCUUUCUGUGGCGCAGAUACACUGAAUUUGAACUGCUUCGAGCUUAUUUAGAGGUUUCUUAUCCAUACAUAGUACUGCCUCCUUUGCCAGAAAAGAAAGUUUUGUAUGCAUGGCAGAAAGUAACAACAGACACAUUUGAUCCAGACUUUGUUGAUAGACGUAGAGCUGGUCUUGAGAAUUUCCUCUUGCGGGUAGCAUCACAUCCAGUAUUAUCUCGUGAUGUGCAUUUUAUGGGAUUUUUACAACAAAAAGAUGGCUGGAGAGAAAGUAUUAAAGAGACUGGAUAUCUACAGUUAGCAGAAUCAAAAUUAAAAGCACUCAGCGUAGCGGUACGAUUAAGGAAGCCGGAUAAACGUUUUGAAACAAUAAAGAAUUAUGGAAUUGAACUUCAGACUAAUUUAUGUAAUCUUCUUCGAGUACGCGCACGACUAGUAGAAAAACAGUAUAGCUUGUAUAAAUUACACGCUAAUUAUGGUCGUGUGUUUAGCGAAUGGAGUGCCAUAGAAAGAGAAAUGGGUGACGGACUACAGAAAUCGGGUCACUAUCUGGAUUCGUUAGCAGCGACAAUAGACACGACAUUAGAAGAGGAAGAAUUAAUUGCGGAUCAAUUAAAAGAAUGGCUAUUUGGGGCUUCUGCAUUACAAGCAGUUGUCAAACGAAGAGAAGCUUUACAACUAGCUAAAGAUGAGUCUCAUGAUGCUUUAACUACGGCAAUUGAACAGAAAGAAAAAGUUAUGCAAGGUAAAUCGGGCUUAAUGUCACGACUAUUUGGUUCCGUUGAUACGGAGGAAGUUCGUGAACUGAAAGUACUUCAACUAGAACAGCGAAUUGCACAACACGAAGAAGCUGUGAAACGUGUAGAUGAAGAUUUAAAAUCUUUCUCUGCCAAAGCAAUGAUGGAUAUCGAAAGAUUUCAACACCAGAAAGUGGUAGAUUUAAAAGAUAUCUUGGCAGACUACUGCAUUUUGCAAUUUAAACUUGUUAGAAAGGGAUUACAAGCUUGGCAACAUAUUAAAGGUUGCCUUGAAAGUAUGCCAUAAAAAAAUUUCUCUUAUUUAAACUGACACUGAACAAUAAUUGUUCCCACAUCUCUCGUGCGAUAUACAUUCCUAUAUUUAUAAGCUCACUCAUAC